AUGCCUGGAUCCCCGCCCGACCUAACGGGCUCCAAGUCCUCCAAGUCCUCCUCCUUCCACUCCUCGUACCAGUCCGACGACAACACCAUCCUCACCGACGUCGCCAAUUUCGAGGACAUCGGCCUCGACGACGAGUCUCGAGCGGACCCUGACGUCGGGGAAUUCGCGGUCAAGACGUCCUUGAACCCUUACGAUGCCUCCUACGCGUCCGAUCUCCGCGCAUCCGCCCGACAGCGGCAUCGGGUGCCGAUGUCGACGACAAAUGGCAACCGGGCGCAGAGGGAAUUGAUUACCUCCAAGGCCAGAUCCCCGGCACCGGCACCCUACCAGAACCGGAGGGCCCUGCUCAGGAGCGUGACAGCGGAUGGUGCCGUGCCGGCUCAUAAUGCCCGCAGUCCAACGAGGGUCGGGCUGGGCUUGCUGCCAGAGGGCCCUCUAAAUAGCCCAUCGUCAAGGAGAGCCCUCACAAGUCCGAGCACCCCAUCUUUACCCCUGACCAAACGAAACAGAAGCUCAAGUCCGAAUCUACCGGUUGGCCCGGAACACGAUCUGCCUGCAGGCCACUUGAGGGUGCGGAGACGAAGUUGGCAAUCUAACCGUGAGCGGAAAUCUGCAACUGAGCUCGAGAAGGAAUGUGACGACGAUGACGGGGACGAUGUUCCGGACGAUAUUUAUCUCGAGAAUAUACCGAUAUCUCCCCGGCCCCCACAAGAACGCGCAGUCAGCGUGCCACCAUCAACCUCCCCAAGCCCUGAACGACGGCCGAAGGAGAGAGUGAGGAGCGUUGGAAAUGGCACAUCUCCUGUCCCCGCCGAGCAAGGCGAGUUGCGACCAGCUAAGCCUCCUCAGAAUCGUGGAGCUAGCGUCGGACCUCCGAGUACAUUUCCCAAAGGACGGGCGAAGAGCUGGACGGCAGUCUUGUCGGAACUCAAUGCAGAAGCAAAAGCCCUGACGGAAGCUCUGGAAGCCCAUGCCGCGGACGAAGAAAACAGAGAGCCCGAUCCUCGACAACGGCGGAGCUUUGGUAACGGCGCGGCUACCAACUUCGACAAACCCACGAGGAUUAGAUCCGCAAUUGCUGAAUUGCCCCCACUGCGAAGAACCAACAUAAUGAUCGACCCCCUUCCCAUAUCGAAAGAGAAGGAAGCCGUGUUAUCCCGAACCCGACCAUCAUGGCUCCCCCCCAAAGAUCCAGCGGAGGAGAAGAGACAUCUGAAGGAAUACCAGAGGAUGAUGGCCAUGUCCCUAGAAGCUGAUCGCAAAAGAGAGGCCGAGAAACGAGCGAAAUCUACGUGCAAAGACGACACGGCAAGCUCGUUGCUGCGGAUCUGGGAGGAACACGUCAUACCGAAUUGGGAUAACGUUAUCCGUCAGAAGCGGACCCGAGAGCUGUGGUGGAGGGGCAUUGCUCCGAGAAGUCGGGGCACUGUCUGGGCUAAAGCAAUUGGCAAUGAGCUCGGAUUGACACCCUCCUCAUACACUGCGGCUCUACGAAGAGCACAAGGACUGGAGAAGACAAUAACGAAAGGCUCACAAUUGACUCCUGAGGAAGAGAGGAAAAAGGGCUGGCUAAACAGGAUCGAAUCUGACGUCAAGAGCACGUUUCCCGAGCUGAGGAUAUUUCAGCCGACCGGGCCGCUCCAUGAACCUUUGAAGGAUGUGCUCAAGGCAUAUGCGAUGUACCGGAGUGAUGUUGGUUACAUACACGGGACAAAUACCAUCGCAGCACUCCUCCUCUUGAACAUGGACACGCCUGCGGCAUGUUUCCAGGCGCUUUCGAACAUCCUUAACCGCCCCCUACCUCUUUCUUUCCACACCUCCGACUCUGGCGCAGUAUCGCGCAGCUACAAUCUUCUGCUUUCAACGUUGCAGCAUAGAUCCCCACGAUUAUACAAGCUCCUCACAGAUUCUGACAUCGCUCCACGUCCGGACUUAUACCUACGAGAUAUGUUCGCGAGUCUCUUCACUGAUCGUCUCAGUCUCGAUAAUGUAACCCGGCUGUGGGACGUCAUGGUCUUUGAGGGCGAUGCGGUCCUAGUCCGGGCUGGGGUCGCCUACCUGACGGCAAUCGAAGGAAAGCUUUUUGGUGCGGCAAGUGCCAAGGAAAUUUGUGAGAUCGUGGGCGCUGGAUUGGAUAACAUUGACGAGGAACAAUGGAUGAAAGAGGUUCGAACUGCUGGGAAGUCCUGA